AGGACAAUGUCGGUAACGCCUAGUAAUUUGUCACUCAAUGGGACAAGCUUCUUCACUGAAAAUCAUAGCAUUAUGGAUAAGCCUAGCGAGCAGAGAACUUUGAAUGUCUUUCUGUUCUGCUUGACUUCUAUCAUUGCAUUCACAGCACUUUUGGGCAGCAUUUAUUCACUAGUUUCCCUGCUGAAAAUGCAAAACAAAACCACAGUUUCAAUGAUUGUGACCUCUUUGUCAAUAGAUGAUUUGAUCAGCAUUGUGCCAGUGAUUAUUUUCAUGCUCACUCAGUGGUCAAGUGAUGUCCUCCCCCAGCCUCUGUGCACCACCUCAGCACUUUUAUAUUUAUUCCAGGGCAUUUCUAGCAACCUGAAAGGGUCUCUCAUAGUUUCUUACAACUUCUACACCAUCAACAAAACUGAGACAAUGAGCUGCAGCGCUUCCAAGCGACAAGUGAGCAUGGUAUGGGCCGUUCUUACCAUUUGGAUUGUCAGUUUGCUGAUCUGCAUUUUGCCUCUUUGUGGUUGGGGCAAGUACAUCCCCACCUCCUGGGGUUGCUUCACUGACUGUGCCAGUUCCUACAUUUUGUUUUUAUUUAUUGUCUACUCGCUGUGCUUUUGCCUCCUCACAGUGCUGUCUGUUCCUCUCACUUACCAGCUGUUGUGCUCAGAUGAGCAACAGCUACUACACAUUGAUUACCAGGAAAUCUCUCGAGGCUACAUCACCCCCGGGACACCUGCAGGCUGCAGUACUGCUACCCCAUCUCUGUCACCAGUGGACCCUGUGGAUAAGACCCUGAAGCAUUUCCAAAACGCAUGUCCAAGCUCGGAGGCAGUCUUUAGGAAAGAUGUGGCUGAGAGCAGUGCACUCGAGCCCCGUUGCAUGAACAGCAUACAGAGCAGGAGCUUCACAGUGGGCUUUGCCCAGAAACGAUUCUCACUGAUUCUUGCAUUGACAAAAGUCAUUCUCUGGCUUCCAAUGAUGCUAUUUAAAUUUCAAAAUGCUCUGCCUUUCAGAUACAAAUGGUUGUCCAGCUUUAGCUUCCUGCGGCUUUUGCUGGCUGCCACAGUCACCCCAGUAUUUGUCCUCUCAAAACACUGGAUCCACCUGCCCUGUGGCUGCAUCAUUAAUUGCAGGAGGAAUUCAUAUGCAGUGUCUUCAGAAGAACUCAAAUCCAAACGUAGGGGUUUUGAAUUCAACCUGUCGUUCCAGCAAGGUUAUGGAAUCUACAAAAUAUCCCAUGAAAACCACCACCACCACCACGACAGGGAUGGUAAAUCCACGUCCUAUCAUAACUUGGUGAGCUACGACUGUGGUAACUCGAAAGAAGCUGGGAGGGGGCCCGACGAAGCCCCCCGUGCCGGGAACGCGGGGUUCAGCACCACGGCGCUGGCGGACAGCUCCCGGGAGGCCCCGGCAGCGCCCGCGGCCCGGCCAGGCCCGGGCAAGGAGGGGAGCCCCGACCGCCUCCUUCCUGACAAACCGGGAACCUUUAAAAGAGAAGAGGUCAGAAAUUUUGAUAAGUCGACUUUUUCCGAAGGAUCAGAAAGGAGGUUGUCUCAUGAGGAAAGCCAUAAACCCGAACUCACAGAUUGGGAAUGGUGCAGGAGCAAAUCAGAGAGGACCCCUCGGCAGCGAUCAGGUGGGGCCCUAGCUAUCCCUCUGUGUGCAUUUCAAGGAACUGUAUCUCUUCAGGCACCCACGGGAAAAACGCUCUCUUUGUCUACAUACGAGGUAAGCACUGAAGGGCAAAAAAUAACACCCACGUCGAAGAAAAUUGAAGUAUAUCGAUCCAAAAGUGUUGGUCACGAGCCAAACCCAGAGGAGUCUCCUAAUACGUUUGCUGACACAAGCGUUAAAAUUCAUUUAGAGGUACUUGAAAUUUGUGACAAUGAAGAGGCCCUGGAUACUGUGUCAAUCAUCAGUAAUAUCAGCCAGUCCUCCACACAGGUAAGGUCUCCAUCCUUACGUUACUCACGGAAAGAAAACAGGUUUGUGUCAUGUGAUUUAGGGGAAACUGCCUCUUAUUCCCUCUUCAUACCAUCAAACAAUCCGGACAGCGAUAUUAACAUAUCAAUUCCAGACACUGUCGAAGCUCAUCGACAGAAUAGUAAAAAGCAGCAUAUGGAAAGAGGCGGUUAUCAGGAAGAAAUACAAAUGUUGAAUAAAGCAUACAGAAAACGGGAAGAAGAUGGCAACAGCAAUUAA